AUGAGUUCCAGUUUUUGGGCUAUCAAAGCAGCAAAAAAUAAGAAGAACGAAGUGGUCCCAGGAACCUCGAAAUGGGUUGCCAAUGAGUUAUAUUGCAUGAAUUCGGAAGUGCUAACGCAUACGGAGAUGUUUUACCACGAUUUGAGAGGUGAUAUUGAUCAAUUGAAUGAUUUUAUGAAAAAGGCUCUAGAAGGGCAGCAUAAUAAAAUAUUUGUCGCCUCGUUAUCGGAGAGCGAAAAGGGCGAAGAGAACGAGAAUAAAGGGGGAGGUAUUAUCAGGGACGAGGACCAGGAUGCGGGGGUGGAAGAAGCAGAAUAUGAUAAAGUACCAGAUAAACGAGAAAAGCAAGAAGGGGCAGAUUUAACGUCCAAUUUCACUUAUAUCUCACCCGGGCACCGAGACAAAGGUACGCUGAUAGAUGGGGACGCGGACGAUGCAGAAAGCCCACAGUCUUCACCAGUGAUCGCUCUUACUAAUACUAAUACCACACAUGCUACAUCGAGGUAUACGCCGAAGACGCCGUCGCCAUUGAAGAAUAAUCAGGAGCAAGAUGCUCAUACGUCUCUGCACGCUGAUUUAUCAUUUAUACCCAUUGCAAAUACUAUAAACCCGAAUAAGGUUGUACCCCCAAAACUCGAGUCACCUUAUAAAGAAGAGGAGCACACAAAUGCGGUUUCGGACGACGAUUCAUUUCAGGCCAUCAGUACGGCAAUAAGGAAAAGUAUAGCUGGCAAGUCCGCUAUUAAUAAUCCUCGAACAAGCCAGUUUAUCCACGUUGAUACACCUAAAAUAAAGCAGGCUAAUGUCCUGGAAAAUACGCUGAGGCCUAAUAAUAGAGCCACUAUUGGUGCAUUAUCUCAUGGGAAUCUGAAUGACGCUGGAAGCAUUUUUGUACCAUUGAAGAAGGACCCAGCUUCGGUAAGAAAGUCUAUGAGUAAAACUCCUAAGCGUGCAUCUGUCUUUGUAUCGUUACCUUCUCGUGAACCUAUAACAAUCAGCUCAUCAUCAAAUCAUUCUGGCAAAGGUAUGUCUGAUAUCAAAAGCCGGUCCCUGCGAGUGUUCGAAAAAUUAGAAAUAGCAUCAAGAAAUGAAAAUAAUAGCAAUAGCACUACAGGAAACCUAUCUCCGACAACAUUAAAGAGACGUAAGUUACAAAGAGAUACGGAAAGCCAGGCAGGAUUCAAUUCUACAUAUAUAAAAGAAAGCUUGAAGAGAAGGUCAUCUGCAAGGCCAUUAUUAAAUGACAAUAUAAAACCCAAGGAAGAUCCAAUUAAAGUUGUAAAACCGAAAGAAGAGAUAAAAGACGAGGAAACCAAUUGGCAUGUACAAGAGCAGUUUUCGAAAAAGCAGUCAAAUGCAGCCACUAAGGUUGUUCAUCAAUUGGAAGAGAGUGCAGAACCUCAAUUUGAUGUAAAGUCUGAUAAAAGGGAUGCAACAAAAGUCCCCGUGCCCGAAAACUUAUCGGGAAAAGCUUCUGAAAAUACUGAGAAGAUAUUGAAUCUGUUUCUUGACCGCAAUGCACCUGCUCUUGUUGAGGAUGAUGAAAUAGAAGAUGUGAAACAUAGAGAAAGCAUUAGUCGUCGUUCGCCUUCGAAAUCUCCUGUUAUUAAUUCGAUCGGAUCUGUUCUCCGCCGUGCUAGGAAUGUAUUUAUGAGUAAUCCAAAAUCCGUCGGCUUACAAUACGAUUCUGCAAGCUACUCGACUAAUACUGGCUCGCCUAACCGGCAAUCAAGUUCAAGAUCCCCAGCUAAGCUGUCAUUGAAUAUACUAACAAGAGAACGUACGAAAUCACCCGUGAGAACUUCUACCAUGUCUAGCACACAAGGAUCUAGGUCGCCGACUAAGCUGUACGGUAAGGCAUCAUCUGAGACUAAUUCUAGAGCUUCUUCAAGACUUCAUAAUAUCGAUUUAGAUUCCAAGAAUUCAAUUGAACCUAAAACCAUACAAGGAAAAGCUGAAGUAGAUUUGAUUAAUAGACUUAUGGUUCCUACCAGCGCUAGCGCAGCUAAGAAUGUCAAAACUCCGUCCAGAAAGACUCAAGAAGGUAAAAAGCCCGACAACGCUAUUUCAAGUAAGAAUAAGUUCCUUACUACAACUCUUAACCCAACGAAACCACAAUUCAACCCAAUCAAGACAUCGAAUAAAUCUAAUCCAUCUCCCUUGAAAAAGUCAAUUCCACUAAAUGACGAGCAGGAUAUGAGAGAAACAAGAAUUCCCUCGAGGCUUGAAUUCUCUAACAUUCCAUCGUUGAAGAAAAAAUCUCUAAUGGCAGAGAGAAGCGAAGCGGCUGCCCAGAAACCCAGACAAAAAAUUAUGAUCGCAAUGAAUCAUAAAUUAGAUACCAAGUUACAGUCAAAUCCCUCAUCUGUUUUAAAAAGUGAGACCCCUAACCACGAAAGAACAAACGAAGGAAAAAGGUCCUCUAAUUUUUUGAAUGAUAUUACAGAAACACAGCAGGCCCUGAAACCAGGAAAUAAAUCAAACUAUGGAAAUCUAACGACCUUGCCAGAAAGUACAAAGAAUAGUUCAACUCAUAAUUCGGAAUCCAAGGAUUAUUCCAAACGUUCGAAAGUUGAAGGUAAGACUCCAUCAAGACAACAUACAUUGAGUAAACAAAAGAUCCUUGAAAAAAAGGCUAGCAGAAUUUCAAAUAGCGAUAAGAAGGCAACACAUAAGAAUACUAAUUUUAAAACAAAUGAUAUUUUUACGGAUCCUAAAACACCUGCUAAAGAUAGAAAAGUACAAACUGCAGAAGAUACUUUGCCAGAUAUUCCGACUGACGAUGAGGAUAACAAGUCUCACAAAGUCUUACAAAGUUGGGCUGAAACUCCUCAGUUACAUAAAAUUGUAAUGCAAAAUAGAACCAUAGAUCCAGUUACAAUUUUCGGAGAAGUUCCUCGUUUAAAUAUAGAAGAAAUCUUCGAGUCACUGGCUUCAAGAUACCGUGGUAAGUCCUCUCCUUCAAACUUCACACCAGACGAAAAACAAAGGAAACGUGAAGCUACAGAGUAUGCAAUCAAGAUGGGCUACAAAGAUCCCGCUCACCUAUAA